AUGCAUUCCAAGAUCCUCGUCGUGCUGGGCCUGUGUGCCGUUGCCUCCAUCCUGCAAUCAUCCGACGCCCAUGCCACGGCCCGUGGCGCUCCAGCGGGAAUGGCUCCGCGCCGUCAACUCGGCUCCUACAAGGACUACGACGACUACGGACGCCACCCGCACAAGCACGACCACGACCACGAUCACAAGAAGCACCGCCACCACCACGAUCAUGACCGCUCACACUACCGCCGCCGUCUCGAAGACAAGGACAGCAAGGCCACCGAGUCCUCGGACUAUCGCUACGGCAAAGACGACUAUAGCUACGACGACUACAAACACAAGAGCUACGGCCAUGACGACUACAAGCACGACGACUACAAGCACGACGACUACAAGCACGACGACUACAAUCACGAUGACUACAAGCACGAUGACUACAAGCACAAGGGCUACGGCCACGACGAUUAUGACUACAAGGGCUAUGGCAGUGGCUACAGCUACGGCUACAAGAGCUACGGCGGUGACUGCGAUGACUACAGCGACGACUACUAUGGCCACGGCAACGACUACUACAGCUACGGCAAGGGAUACAGCUACGGCUACUACCCCGAUUACUACUCGUCCUACGGUAAGGACUAUGACUAUGGCUACGGUUAUGGUUACGGAUACUACCCGGACUACUACUCGUCGUAUGGCUAUGGCUAUCCUAGCUACGGCUACGGCUACCCCGAUUACGGCUACGGCUACUCCAAUUACGGCUAUGGUUACCCGGGCUACUCUGGCUAUGAGUCUGCCUCCAGUGUCGGUGCUGAUGAUGGUAAGAAGGAGUCUGCGACCGAACCCACGGAUGCUGCCACCACCAAGUCAGUCGAGAAGGAGAGCAAGACGGAAUCGAAGGCGAAGUCGUCGAAGGAAGCCAAGUCGGACGUCACCGGCAAGUCGAAGGACAAGUGA